AAGAGAGCCCAAAUUAAAGACAUUGAAGAGGGAGAAGAAGGGGAAGAAGAGGUGCCGCAGAAGGAAAGAAGGGGAGACUUGUGCUUCGUCUUCUUCUCUCUCAUUGAAAAGGAAAGGAAAGUGGGGGAAAGAAGGGAAUUUGACAGAAAAAAUAUGGACACGGAGAGAGAGGAAGAAAGGGUGGGAUCCAAGUUCCCAUUGAGCUUUUGGGAGACGGCCGUGGCGUCCAUGGUAGUCUUGGGAUUUGUGAUAGGUCUUCUUGCGGUUUACCUGACCAUGCCUGCAUCGGAUUACAGCUUCCUCAAGCUGCCUCGUACCCUUGAAGAUCUUCAAAUCCUCAGAGAUCACCUUGAAAACUACACAAGUGACUAUACCGCGCAAGUCCUGGUGGGAUACUGUGUGGUCUACAUUUUCAUGCAGACUUUUAUGAUUCCAGGGACUGUUUUCAUGUCAUUGCUUGCUGGUGCACUUUUUGGAGUAUUCAAAGGGGUAGCUCUAGUUGUGUUCACUGCCACUGCAGGUGCUUCUUCUUGCUAUUUUCUAUCAAAACUGAUUGGACGUCCCCUCCUCUUCUCUCUUUGGCCCGACAAGCUGAGUUUCUUCCAAGCACAGGUGGCAAAAAGAAGGGAGAGCCUGUUGAACUAUAUGCUUUUCUUAAGAUUGACUCCAACUUUGCCGAAUACAUUUAUUAACGUUGCUUCGCCUAUAGUCAAUGUACCUUAUCACAUUUUCUUCCUGGCAACCGUCAUUGGACUUAUCCCCGCUGCUUAUGUCACUGUCAGGGCUGGAUUAGCUCUUGGUGAGCUGCAAUCACUUGGGGAUCUAUACAACUUCAGCUCAGUUGCCACUCUGUUCCUUAUUGGCAUCGUCUCUGUUACCCCUACAUUGAUGAGCAAGAGUAAAUCAUAGUAUUCCACGGGCAGAGCAUUGUUGUUGUACAUGGGUCUCAACCUCCUGUGAGACAUUAGAACUUCGUUUCUGUACAGGUUGGCUUCAGGUAAAGUAUAAUGCAGAACUGUUAUCCCCUUGGAGUUCAUGGCAAGUGCUGCAGCUAUCGGGGAAGGGGAUCAUUGGGUCAUGCAAGUGCUCUUUCAAGGGGGCUAUGUUUACUCUUGGGGGGUUUAAAUUCAACUUGGAUCACAAGAAACAGUCUUUGAUCUUAAUGAUGUGUAUAUCAUUGUUAAGUAUGUUUUCUAUGAAAAGAUAUUCCUCAAUUAUUUCA